AAAAGUUAUUAACGUUUAAAAAAUGGGAGGGAAUUGGAGGAGAGAGAAACUAUUGUGUUGGAUUGACUAGAAUGCCCCCUAAGACCAAGCGUAAUGGGGCGUUUUUUUUUUAAAUUUUUUGCCCCAAAACGCUCUAUAACGCCCACAUCCCCAUUACGGGGGGCGUUUUGGGGCGUUUUAAAUAAAAAAAAAAUGAAUCCGGCGUUUAAAUUAAAACGCCUAAUGCACAAUUCAACCACCAAUCAAACGGCUAUAUUCCAACGGCUAGUUUGACUAUUUUUUUUUAAACCUAUUAUAUAUAUAUAUAUAUAUAUAUAUAUAUAUAUAUAUAAACAACCAAAACUCAUUCAUUUUCAACAAAAACAAUCUCAAAACCUCUCUAAAAAAUCCCACAAUUUAUAAAAAAACUUGAUGGAUUCUCCUAGUUCUUCAUCCAUGAUAAAUUUUUACUACAACGAGUAUUUUGCGGAUGGCGAUGGUUCGACUGAUGAGGAGCUUGAGCAAGAGGCGGUUACGAGUGCAUGUCAACUAGCGGUGCGAUAUGUCAACCAUUCUCGUCGGCCCGAAGCACCAAAAAAUAAAAGAGGCUAUGUUGAACGAGACCGACGCGCGACACACGAGCGUUUGAUGAAAGACUAUUUUGACGAGGCACCGACAUUUUCAAACGAAGUUUUUAGGCGUCGUUUCUGGAUGAGUAAGCGGUUGUUUCUACGCAUAGUCAACGACUUGGAAGCCAACUACGAUUAUUUUAAACAAAAACCGGAUGCGAGAGGGGCACUUGGAUUUACCGGUAUCCAAAAGUGUACGUCGGCAUUACGAAUCAUUGCUUAUGGUAACACUACCGACAUCAACGACGAGUAUCUAAAAAUGGCGGAGAAAACUACACGAGAUAGCUUGGAACAUUUUUGUCGCGGUAUAAUUGAUGUGUACGGUGCGCGUUAUCUUAGAACGCCUACAUGGGAGGACCUUCAAAAGAUCUACGAGGUACAUAACACCGAGCAUGGUUUGCCUGGUAUGAUCGGGAGCAUAGAUUGCAUGCAUUGGCGUUGGGAUAACUGCCCGACUGCAUGGCGAGGCCAACACACACGUGGUGACCAAAAAGGACCCACUAUUAUUCUUCAGGCGGUUGCUUCACAGGACCUUUGGGUUUGGUCGGCUUACUUUGGCGUGGUCGGGUCAUGCAAUGAUAUCAAUGUUUUUGAACAAUCGCCGUUGUUAGAGGAGUGGAUUUCUGGCAAAGCUCCAAAAGCGUCGUUUUACGUGAUUCAAGAAGAAAACAUCAUGGCUGAAUUCAAGGUGAAAACCAGAGAAGAGAUUCUGAGUGAAAAAACAUACCGAGAAAGAAACAUUGCUUGGAACAGAAUGGAUGAAAUGCAAGAAGAGUAUGAAAGUGUUGUAAUCAAUAAGAGAUGGGACAAGAAGCGAGAAUGCUAUGUCAACAGAAAUGGUGAACCUGUUGUUCCCAAGAAGGAUAUAGUGUUUGAUGAUGCUCUUUUGGAAAUUCCUCUGUCCGUCGAAUACUACACAAAUGUUGGAAAAGAUAAAACGUAUGCGAAAAGGUUUGACAAACAUCUUAGAGAUGUUAUGAUUUCAAGUCUGAGGAAGAGAGAUGAAGAGAUGAUGAUGAAGAAAAAUGUUGAUAUGAUGGUGAGUGAUUUGAAGAAGAUCGCUGAGGAGGUAAUAGUUGAAAAUGUGAAGAGUGCUGAGGAAGUAAAGGUAGAAGAAAAAGUUGUUGUGAAAGAAGCUGUUACAGAAGAACAACAAUUUGAAGAAGCUGAGGAGAAGCUAGAAAGUUCGGAAGAAGUGAAGAGUGAUGUUGGUGCUGGUGAUGAGAAAAAGGAAGAUGCUGAUCAAUCAGAAGUUGCAGCAAACACCGAGGUGCCAAUCGCAGAGGUGCUCAAGAAAACUGAAGAUUGUGAAAAUGGAAAUAGGAGCAGUGUAACACCCUUAAUAAUUUAA